UGGCUUUCACAGGUGAUAUCCAUCGUCUAUUGUGCUGCUGUUUGAUGUAUUGGUAUCGUGGUGUACAAAAUGGUAGUUGCUGUCAAGGACUAAAAACAGUCCUAACCCUUGGCCGUGGUGACGUACCGUGUGUUUGUUGGUGUAGUGUAAACAGCGAGUAAUAACGUAGGAAAGAUCUUUUCCUAAUCUGUGGUAUUUUUCCUGGAAACUUUCAUCUCACUUAUUACUGUGGAGGAGUUACUUGUUGUGAAAUAGCGUGGGUGAUGGCGGGGUCCCGCACCAGGAGUAUGGCGCGGAUCAUUGCGCUGGGUGUGGGCAUUGGUGGAGCUGGAGCUGUAGCUGCCGCAUAUCUCUAUGAUGAUGACCAGCACACUAAGCGUCAGUUUGUUCGAGUAGCGGCAGCAGAAAGUCUAAAUGCCAGACCAACACGACCACUGCCGACCCGUGAACAGCAGCUCAAGAGUCUUGGGUCUGAGGCUUUUGAUGUUCUUAUCAUUGGAGGUGGAGCAACAGGUGCUGGCUGUGCCCUUGACUCUGUCUCAAGAGGACUCAAGACAGCACUGGUUGAGAUGGAAGAUUUUUCCUCUGGAACAUCUUCAAGGUCAACAAAGCUCAUUCAUGGUGGAGUUCGAUACCUACAGAAAGCAAUCUUGGGUCUGGACCUGGAGCAGUACAAGAUGGUUAAGGAAGCCCUUCAUGAGAGGGCAAAUUUACUUGAUAUUGCUCCUCAUUUAUCCUACCCUCUACCAAUCAUGUUACCUGUUUAUAAAUGGUGGCAGCUUCCAUAUUACUGGGCAGGUAUCAAAAUGUAUGAUCUAGUUGCUGGCAGUAAAUGCAUUAAGAGUUCAUAUGCUAUCAGUAAAGAACGUGCACUGGAACUGUUUCCUAUGUUAAAGAGGGACAGAUUGGUUGGAGCAAUUGUGUACUAUGAUGGUCAGCACAAUGAUGCCAGAAUGAACCUCUCCAUAGCUCUCACGGCUACAAGACUUGGUGCCACAAUUGCCAAUCAUGUAAGAGUAGUUUCUCUUCAAAAAGAAAAAGAUGAGAAUGGACAAGAACAUCUCUGUGGUGCAAAAGUCAGAGAUGAACUGACUGGACAGGAGUUAACAGUUCGAGCAAAAUGUAUAAUUAAUGCUACUGGACCAUUUACAGACACAAUUCGUAAAAUGGACAACCAGGCAACAAAGGAGAUAUGUGCCCCAAGUAUGGGUGUCCACAUCACUCUCCCCGACUAUUAUUCACCAGAACGAAUGGGACUGCUAGACCCCAACACAUCAGAUGGAAGAGUCAUUUUCUUUUUGCCCUGGGAGGGACGCACCAUUGCAGGUACAACUGACACCCCCUGUUCUGUUUCACACACUCCCUCUCCUACUGAAGAUGACAUCCAGUUUAUUCUCCAGGAAGUGAAGAACUACUUGAGUCCAGAUGUGGAGGUACGGCGAGGGGACGUGUUGUCAGCGUGGGCUGGCAUCCGACCUCUGGUUCAAGAUCCUAACAAGACUGACACUCAAAGCAUUGCAAGAAAUCACAUUGUCCACAUCAGUGACUCUGGUCUAGUGACAGUAGCAGGAGGGAAGUGGACCACUUAUCGCUCAAUGGCAUUAGAUACCCUAGAUGCAGCAAUUAAAGGUUGUGAUUUAACACCAGUUCACCAAGAAUCUCAGACAGAUGGCCUUCUGUUGGAGGGCGCACACUACUGGACUCCCACAAUGUUCAUUCGCCUUGUACAGGACUUCGGGUUAGAGUCAGAGGUUGCCAAGCACCUAGCACAAACCUAUGGUGACAGAGCGUUUAGUGUGGCUAAGCUGGCCUCUCUCACUGGAAAGCGUUGGCCAAUUGUUGGUCGUCGUCUUCACAGUGAAUUUCCAUACAUUGACGCUGAGGUGCGAUACGCAUGUCGUGAGUAUGCGGCAUCAGCUGUUGAUGUCAUAGCCAGAAGACUACGAUUAGCUUUCCUUAAUGCCCAGGCAACAGAGGAAGCCUUGCCAACUAUUGUUAACAUUAUGGCUGAAGAAUUAAAGUGGUCUGAGAAAGAAAAAAAGAGUCAGUUGGAAGCAGCUAACAACUACCUCCAGAGGGAAAUGGGCCAGAAUGUGAACCGUGCAUCGCGAGAGAAAAUCCCCAUCAACCUUACCAAGAGCGAGAUAUCAGAAUAUGUGAAGCGCUUCAACUCCCUUGACACUGACAAGAAAGGUUACAUUUCCCUCAAUGAUCUCAGAGCAUCUCUCAAGGCAAGAGGCCAGGAAGUUCCUGGAGAAACUCUUCAUGAGAUUCUGAAGGAGAUCGACCUUAAUCUAAAUGGACAGGUGGAGUUUGAUGAAUAUUUACAGAUGAUGGCAGCAAUCAAAGCUGGGUCCAUCUCUCACUCACGCUUUGCUCAGUUAGCGGAGAUGGCAGAAGAGGACCAAAGGAAGAAAAUCACUGUGGAUCGCAGUGGUGGUGGUUUAUAGUAAUAAAUUCAUUAUUGUGAGGUAAGGAACACUCACUGAAAAACAACUUAACCCUGUAGUGUAGUAAUUUUUGUUGUCAAAUUUUUCUAUUGGUCUCAUUAUUUGUGCUUUCAGACAUUAAGCUAAUGUGUGAGGUGAAAAACACAACACACUGAAAAAAAGUGAGUACAGUAUAGGUACUGUACAGUAUACUCAUUCAGUCAAAAUAUGUGUCAGUAAGCACAAACAUGAAUAUACUUUUACUUUUAUCCUCUUCACCACUUAUCGGCUCGUAUGAGGUAAUGAACUCACACAUUUAGAAAUACCUUAACUGCACAGGUGCUUGGUAUACUUUAAUGGUGUUUGCAGCCAAAAUUUUACACAAGACCCAUUGAUACAUUCAGAUAUUUAUGAUACAAACAGAGUAAUAAAGUUGGAUGGAACAAGUAAACUACAAAGGAAGAACUAAAGGCUGUUGGCCAGUAUUAAUAUUAGACUGUGACUAUGAAGUAUACUGCACAUGUAAUUGGAUCAAAGAUCUUCACUAACUUACUUUUGAGCUACAUGCUAGCCCAUUGCCCUUCUUAUCAAUGCCUCUCCACUUAGUUUUUGUGAGCUGUAUCUAGAGGUUACAUGUUGCCUCCCAUGUUCUGUCACAUCUUAUCAGGCAUGUCAUGUACAUAUCAAAGGAAGACCAAUGAUCCUAGGACUAUAUUUGUUUCCUGUUGUUAAGGUAAGAUAUAAACCAGUCAACAGAUCCAGUGCCAAGAGUAUGAUGCCAUUAUUCUUCUGUCACAUUUGCUUGUAACAGUGAAUUUCAUUUACCUACUCAAAUGCAAUACUGUACUGAUAGACAGUCACAAAUGUGCAUAAUGUCAUUACUUCUCACUCAAGUUUUCUUAUUAACACUAAAGCUCAGUUGUCAGUAUGCAGUACAAUUUACCAAUCAGACAGCAUGUAGAAUGAAAUAACCAGCAGGUACACCACAUUAAUAAGAAAGUGAGAAACCUGAGGCAAGGCUUCCAUGUUGUAGGAGUCAAAAUAUUUUAACGUCACUGGGUGAAUAAGAAACACUUUUGACAGGCAUUGCAAAAUAGUUUUUAAUUGAAUACAAUACAAGAAAUUGAUAGUUUCAUCCAGUAUUGGAGGAAAUUGGAAUCUGCUUCCCUUUGUCUGUCAUUUUCUGCAAUUGUCAUGCACUGCUCUUUCCUAUCAUUUCUCUUUCUCUAUAGCAAAUGUUACCCCAUGAUCUCCCACACAGAAUUUUGAGAGAUAUAAAUUUAAUAAAGAAAUAGAUCGAUGACAAAGUCAAGAAAAAUUUUAAUGGGAAUGGUUAUAGAGAGACAAUAAUAUUGAAGUAACCAAUUCCAUACUGUGAUGCAGAGGAAAGCAUAUUUACAGAAAGCUCUUUCUUCUUGUACAGUAUGCUAUGUACAGGGGGGGUAGUCAGUGUAUUAGUUUGACAAACUAAGAUAUCAUAUUCAUUUGUGGAGUUAUUUAUGGAGAGAUAAUGAUUUUCAUGUACAUUUAAGUAUUUCUUGGGGCACACAAAUGUAGUGGUGUCCUUCUUAAUAUGACACUUAAAUGAAUGAAUAAGUUCAUAUACAUCGUAAGGGUUAACACAUUUUUUCAUAAGUUUAUCAAUUAAGGUAUAGGUAUUUACGUAUAUGUAAGAAAAUUUUUUUCAAGGUAUUUGAGCAAUUAUGUAUGGCUUUUUCUUCUUAUUUUAGCUUGUCACUUUGUACACUUGUCCUGCGACGCUCUACCCUGUUAUUUCCCCCCUUCUAUAAGAUUUCAGUACCUAUGAUCGACCCCACAAAAGUGGGGAAGAAGAAAUGAUAAUAGAUUGAUAGGUUUAUAAAACACUGAGGUGUUGAAGAGAGUUGGGUGUUGUUACUGAGGUGAUACAGGAUGUCCAUAGAGUAUCUGACCCAUUUUAAAACUUAAUAACCUCAACAAUAUUAUAAAUAAAAUAGAACAUGAUGUACUUGUGGAAAUCUACUGAGACAAGAAAAAAAAAUAUAUUGUCCUACCUUAUUUUUUAUUGGCCACCCACUAGAGCUAGCCUGUGUAGGAUCUUUCCAUUGUUCUUGAUACAAUAUUUGGGAGUUGUUCAAAUGUUAUUGUGUGUCAGUAGAAUAAACCAACAAUACUGUACUUUAAUA